UCUCUGUGUGCAUGAAAUGUUGAAUGUUCAGCCGGAAAGUGUUGUGAAACGUCGUGCUGAAGUGUAAAUUACACCCAGGUGGCGUGUGAACGCAGCUGUCACCCAGUUGGUCCACAGCUGAUUAUCUGGCGGUACCGUGGCGAACUUUUCAGUCAGACAUGGUGGAGGUGUUUGCCGGACGGACCCUCGUCAAUAAAGAGGGAGACUUCGUGGAGCCGGAGGAGGCGUUGAGGAACAAAGUGGUGGGCAUCUACUUCUCUGCUGGGUGGUGUCCGCCGUGUCGGGACUUCACGCCCAUCCUGUGUGAUUUCUACACGGAGCUGGUGGACGAGGGCGACCCCCCCGCUCAGUUUGAGAUAGUUUUUGUGUCGUCGGAUAAAUCCACCGAUGACAUGGUUGAGUAUUAUCAUGAUAUGCACGGAGACUGGCUGGCUCUGCCCUGGACGGACGACUACAAAGAUGAGCUGAAGCAGCGAUACAAGAUCACAGCGGUUCCCAAACUGGUGAUCGUGAAGGAGAACGGUGACGUGAUCACAGACAAGGGCAGAAAACAGAUCCGAGACCAAGGUCUGACCUGCUUCAGGUCCUGGUUGGAAGCUGCAGAGAUCUUUCAGAACUUUGAGGGUUAGAACAAGAUGAUUUUGUUUUUUGUUGUUGUUUUUCCAUGAACUAGUUUUAUAAGAGCAAUGAACAAAAACCACAGUAAUGUCUUUGCCCGUUCACUUUAGUUGAGACGAGCAACCAAAACACAGACAUUAGAAAGUCUGACCUUCACCAAACAUCCUCUGAAUAGAAGAUCAACUCAUGUUUAUCUCCUGCAGUUUGAGGCCGCCUUUUACUGUAGUUUCCCGUUUUCUUAAUAAGCUAAUACUGUAGAUACAAUGUCAACAUAAGUUGCUUGCAUAUUUUUCUAUUUUUUUGUAUGAGUCAACAGAUUAAAUGAAUAGAAUUGCAAUGUG